ACAAACUUCUCUAGCGUUGUUAUUGCGACCUCCCGUCCCGGGAUGCUGGCACUACACCGACACCUCGAGAAGCAUCCGGCCCUAAAUUUGCUUUUGUUGUUCUCUUUCUUCGCACAGCUGGGCCCUUCCCCCCCGCCUCAUUUGGUCCCAAGUAGGCGCCAGCAAGUCAUCAGCUUCACAAAAGAGCCUACCAGAAACCCGGGAAUUCGCCGAGUGUGAGAAGAAAAGGACCGGAAUUCCUCGUGGGGUCCCAGAAGUUGGUCGCCUCUUCGCGCCCUCGUCCUCCUCGACCUCAUUUUCUGUGCAUUGCCAAUAUCCUACGCUCUCUCACGUCUUCUGGUCGUGGGACCCGGACUGGACCUCUCGUUCUCGCCGUCGUGGAGUACUCAUUCAAACCUAGCGCCAAUUUCACCUUAUUAACUCUGCGUGACGGCACUGUAUCACCGGCAGCCAAACAAGUAUUCGAGGUUGGCUCUGCUGCUCCCGAUUCGGCCGACACACCGGUUCGAACAUCCUGCGCUGCGCGCGACAGAAAGGGCAAGUAGCGGCAUUUUCUUUUACCAAACAUUCGGCUUCCCAUAUCCAGAGUCGAAGAGACACCCUCUUCUUCGCCACGCUUGAGCUUCGAUAAGCAAGCGCCUGGCCAAGAAGGACAUCAACCCUACGUUUCUCAACCUCAUCCGCUUUUGGCCUUUGAAGUCGUCCAGCCUUCAACCUCCAUCAUGGCUACGGGAUAUGAAAAGUUCGAUAAGCAGCUUGACCGACUGGAAAAGCUGUUUUCCAGGAAGAAGAGAGCCGCAUACUCUCAUGACUCCGCUGCCACGGGGAUUAGACCGACGACACCAAUGCCCUUCCUGACGAACUCCAAUGCGACGACGGCCCAGGCAUUCCCGGUGCCACCAUAUCUCCGACCGACAUCCUCCCGGAUGAUGGCUAGGGAAGAGGUGCUCUUGCAACCCCUCUGGGCACGGCGGGCUAGGAGCCUUCCAGAGUCACCAAGCGCACCUCGUAUUAAAACCGCGGCAUUUAGCGGUCACAAUACAGACGAGAAAGGCCCCUCCAUUCCGGCUCGACACUCCUCGGGCUACCCUGGUAUAGCUCAGCGACCUUCGUCUCCCUACCCCGGCUCAAACGUUGAUGACCCGUCAACGAAGCUCUUGCAGUUCAGCUUCUCGACAGCCUCAAGAGAGUCGGAAUGCAACUCAUCGCCGCGGCGCUCCAGACCCAGUGUGAGGUCGCAUCGGUCCCCAUCGGUUUCAGUCUCUCCGAGGGCUCGACUCGACCGGAAGCGGUGCUCCACUGAAUUCCAACAACCAUUCCCUUCUCAAGGAAAUGAACGAGGCGUUCACGGAGAUUCGUCUCAAUCAGAGAAUCCGUCUGCUUUGCCGUCGUUGCAGCGAGAAGAGCGCUGUUCAGGAACGGCAUUGUCUGAACAUUCGUCGCCGUCCUUGUCGCCGAGUCUCCCUUCCAAAGACAAACCUAAGCUCGGGCGGUUGAACAGCAGGCAGUGCACAGUUUCACACCGACAAAGUAGCCUGUCGAUCUCUGGCACCACUAUCCGGCAGCUUAGUGAAGCCUUGCGCGAGUCGACCAGUCUCUCUCAGCUGUCCCGUGCGAGGGAUACAAACCCCAACCCGGACCCGAUACUCAAGGAACCCAGCGUCAAUGACUUUCUCUCCUUGAGCGAUGACGAUAUCGCAGACGAGCAUGCUGCCUCUCGGGUUCAACUAUCGGUGUCUGACCCACCGACCUUUCCACUGCCCCCAAAUCCAUCGCCUGCCUCGUCGCCCAUCCGGACGAGACCUGCUUUUCCGCUGCUCACGCUCUCUCCUCCGCUGGCCAGUCGGCCUGCCGCCGCCGCCGCCAUCGAGGCUGCCCGUAUCGCGGCAAAGUACAAGUUUGACCUUGUUUACGUCGUCAAUCUGUGGCCAAGCCACAUCAGCCGCUCCGGCUGUUCCUCCCCUUCCGGUCGAUCCUGCGGCACCCCUCACCCCGCGUCUCCCUCCAGAACUACUCCAUUCUCACCACCUGGCAGCCCCGAUCCUACCACGCCUCACCCCGCGUCUCCCUCCAGAACUACUCCAUUCUCACCACCUGGCAGCCCCGAUCCUACCACGCCAAGUUCCGACAGUGAUAUGACGGGGCGCCUGCUCGCCGCUUACGGCUUGUCUUCCAUCACGUGUCCCUUCCGCAUCUCUGCACCGGUUCACCAAAACGUGCUCCGCAGCCAAGGGUGGCUGGAAUACCGCAACGAGACGGGCGCCCGCGACGAGUUCGCUUGUGGCUACAGCUGUUCCUUCUACACGGGCUACAGCCCGGUCAGAGGCCACGGGAGCGACGCCGCCAGCUCAGAAGGCCAGUGCAAAUACCAAGAGCGCCAGAACCAGGACAAGCCCGCCAACCGCGGCAUCGUUUUCGCCGCGUUCCGGGUUCCGCGCGAGGACGGCAGCCCCGUGUUCAGCAACGCCACAGAGCUUGAGGCGCUCCACAAAGACGCCGAAGCUCUUGUCGACAUGCUGAUCAAUACCCGCACGGCCCGCUGGCGGCGACGUGCCCCAACUACGCCGUCGCGCUGGCGUGUCGCGGGCGGCAGUAGCCAGCCGCUGAAGCCUAGUGAGCCACCAGUUGCCAUCUAGGCUGCUAAGAUCGAGCGCCUCCUUGUCUCAAAGAUUUGGACGUACGGCGGCUGGAUAGUCAUGUCUUGCGGACCGGAGCCGGAAGCAUUUGAAUGCACGCGUGUUCUGCGAUCAUUGCCAAGCGCCACUUGAGGUCAUUCUCGAUCAAACUGGGACUAUUCGGAUUUCAACAUGAACCGGAACACCAAUCUUUAACCGCGGCGAGGGUGGGCGCAUAAUGGUGCCCAGCUAUGUCCUUGCCUUUUCUCUCUGUUUUUGGGUCAAGUGAUGGACCGGGAAAAUAAAAUAAAAAAAUAGGAUGACGGAUGCAGCAUCAGGGAGGGUUUCUACGUCAGUUGAGUACUCCGUACAGUACCUUAGAUGGCGAUGAGUUAUUGGCAAAUGGAGGGCAAAAAAAGGUCGCGGGAUAGAGUAAAAGUUUUCGUUCCAGAUACUUCUGCUCGUUGUCAUUCAAAAAUGAAUAUGACGGUUGAACU